AUGGCUCUGAAGACUAAAAGACCUAGAUUGAUUCCUCCUGAACAAAGGAAAAAAGUCUCUAAAGCUUGCGACAAUUGCAGAAAGCGGAAGUUUAAGGUAUGUUGUAUGUAUCGUUGAUUCCAAAAUAAUCUUUUGUGGCUUAAGUACUAACUUGAAAAAAGUGUAACGGCGAAUCGCCUUGUCUAUUGUGUUCUCAGAAAGGGCUAGAAUGUCUUUACUGCGAUAUAGAUAGAAGAUCAUUAAAGGGGAAAAAGAUAUCAAGGACAGGAGACAAGCUAACACCUGAAAUGAAGGAAUCUACUACUCACUUGGAGAAGAAAGGUUCAAGUAACAACGGCAGUCAUCUGCCUUUUCCUUCUGGUAAGCUGAUUAUUUCAAAUAUAUCUGCAAGUGACUUGCAACCUUUAUUAACAUUACCGUUAAGCGACGACGACAAGAACGAAUCACAAGCUGGCAUUAAUGGAUCAAGGACAGGUGAUAGCAAUAUAAUAGAAAAUGUACCGAGAAAAAGUGGAGAGCAUACUAGGCUAUUGCUCAAUUCAGCAGGUAACUUGCGGUACUUUGGUGAAAGUAGCCCAUUGUCGUUAAUACAAGAAUGUCGCUCAAUAUUCAAAGUAGUUCUUGGUUCAUCGAAAUUUACCGAUGAUCCUAAGAGAGGACGUGUUAUGGACGAGCCUUCACAACCAAAGAAAGGGAUUCAAGUUUUGUUACCCAAAAGAGAACUGUGUGAUAUCCUAGUAGCCCUUUUUGAAAGAAAUAUUAAUGAUGCAUUCUACAUCUUCGACAUGGAGCACUUUAAACAUAACGUUGUCAAUUUGGCAUAUAAUGAAUCUCUGCACAUUAAUACACCCAAACUAUGCAUGCUCUAUUUUGUUCUUUCCAUAGGUGCUUUUUUUGCAGAGGCAUCAUCAAGUCGAAUAAAGGAGCAGAAUUUACGUCAUGCUGCUUUUUUUGAGAGCGCAGUAGGUAUGAUGAGAGAUUGUGUUUAUGAUGGUAGGCUAUGGAUGGUGGAAGCAGAUUUUUUGAGACAUUUUUAUUAUCAAUCAAACUGUCAAAGAAGUUCUGCGUGGAUACAUUUGGGAACUGCCAUAAGGCAUGCCCAAGGCUUGGGAUUGCAUAGAAAAAUCAUAAACGAAAAAUUUACGAAUCCAUAUUACGUUAUGCAUAGAAGAAGAUUGUGGAGAUCCUUAUUUAUUUGUGAUAGAAUAUAUUCAAUAGUCCUUGGAAGACCAUUGGCUAUUAAUAAUUAUGAUUGGGAUGAUUCAGAAUUGCAGGAAUUGAGUGAUGAUGCAAAUGAAAACUUUAGAAUUAGGUGUCAAGUAGAACUUUCUAAAAUUGCGCAAAUCAAUAGUAAGAUAGUUGAAAAUAUUUACCGAGAUGGAGUGAUAAAUAUUAAACAUACGCGAGCUUUGGCUAUCGAGCUCAAGCUAUGGUCAUUAAAUAUACCCAGUGACCUAGACAUAAGCAAUACAUUGAAAGAAGAUUUAAUGUCAAAGGAUAGUAGCAAUAACUAUUUGUUAAUGCAAGUCCAUUUGGCACAAUUGUAUGGUAUUAUGUUGUUAUUCAGACCAUUCUUAAUGCAUGUACUUUUAAGAAAACUAAAACCUGGAACCUAUGGCGAAUUAAAAGAUGACUGGUUGCUACUUUACUUUUGCAAAGCAUGUAUAAAAUCAUCAUUCUUGUGUGUUUGGUUGAUAAGUUUUUAUAUGGAACAAAAGGGUGAUAGAACAGAACUGUUUGCUAUGAGUAACGGCUGCUUAUUUGCGUCCGCAAUAUUGGGCCUCACUUUGUUAGAGCAAAGGCUCCAGAGCAAGCCAGAUUAUGACUAUAUAAGGGUCUUAUCCGACACAUUACAGGUAGCCAGUAACCUUCUACAUAAUGAUGGGGCAUUUAACCUUAGUUCCGAAAGAUGGGGAGAGAAUGUUGACAAUAUGGUAGCUGCAAUCCCUAAAUAUCAACAUGAACAAACUUCUACUAAUCCAGGAGAUGCUUCUGACUCUAAUAGAAAUGAUUUUGAAGAAUUCAGCAAAGAGAUAAUAUUGAUGGAUAAUGAAUUUGGAGGUCUAAAGGAUUUAACAAAUUUUCAGCAAGGUUUCAUUCCAUCCGACGAUGAGUUAUUAUGUGCAAUGGGAAUAGAUCGACAAGAACUAGGAUCCAAUGAAAGCCCCCCUUUAGAUGCUUUUUUGUAUGAUUAUGGUAAAAAAGAUCAACUUUUCGAUAGGUAUAUUUAG